AUGGGACUGAUCGUCCACCACCUCGGCCACUCACAAUCCGACCGGGUAGUCUGGCUCUGCGAGGAACUCGGCUUGACCUACGAGCUGAAGAAGUACGACCGCUCACCAGUCCUCUCACCUCCAGAGCUCAAAGCCCUGCACCCGAUCGGAGCUUCUCCAGUCAUUGAGGACGAUGGCGGCGUCAAGCUCGCAGAGACGGAGGCGUGCGUGGAGUACAUCUGCAACAUCCAUGCUGGCGGCAAGUUGCUUGUACAGCCGGGUGCGAAGAACUAUGCCGAUUACCUCUACUGGUACCAUGUCACAAAUGGCACUCUCCAGCCGGCUGUUGGUCGAGUGAUGGCUCUGUCGAUGGCGGGCCUGAAGGAGGACAAUCCGACGCUGGCUCGCUACCAGGCGAAGGUUCACCAGGUCCUUGGAUACAUGAAUGAGCGUCUCGGGUCUGUGCCGUUCUUUGCAGGAGAGGAGUUCUCGGCGGCGGACAUCAUGGCCAUCUUCUCACUGACCGGCAUGCGCGAGUUCUGCCCCGUCGACCUGAGCGAGUACAAGAACCUUCUAUCAUACAUGCAGAAGAUCGUCAAGAGACCCGCAUACAAGGCAUACCUGAGCAAAGGCGAUCCAGGCAUUGACAUCGAGCAAUUCAUUCAGGGUCCUCCACCACCGCUCUUCAAGGGCUUUGCCGGCCAUAAGUAG